AAUAAAGCCACAGGCAUCUGUUAGUGUGAAGAUACAUUGAUAUUAACGAGACAUUUAGAAUUUAUUUUUAUAUUAUAUUUUUUUUUUAUUUAUAUGGUGAUGUUUUCCAGUUUUUUUGCGUGCGUAAAAAUGUCCAGAUCGACUGUCUUUUGAAAAACAAUAAAAAACGAAGAAUAUAGCUACACCAAGGUAAACCGGCAAAUAUUUUACUAUCUAUAAGAGUUUUUAAUAUGUACCAUAGGGUGUAUAGCCUAGAUACAUCGCAAUGUAUAUCUAGAUGAUGAAAUCAGGAGGAAGCUAUUUUCUGAAAAUGGCAGAGAUGGAUUUAAAAACAGCAACAUCAACGAUGGAAGCAUUGGUUCGUAUCAGUUCUAACAUGAAGAGCCUGGAGCAUGAGCUGCAUUGCACUGUGUGUAAGGACAUUGUUAAACAGCCUGUCGUCCUGCCAUGCCAGCACAGCGUCUGCCUCAUGUGUGCCUCGGAGGUCUUAGUGGCAAACGGCUACCCGCCUCCAGAUCUUCCCCCAGAGCCAAACUCCCCAGCUUCCACACCCAACACCCGCUCACCCCGUCAGGCCCGAAGGACACCUAAAGCUGAGCAGCGACCUAUUGACCGCGUGCUGCGGGCAGGUCCCCACCCGCCUUCACCAUCCAUGCCCCGGUCUCCAGGAUAUGGGACGUAUCCAGGGCGACGCCGUAAGGAGGGCCCACCUGUGGUGAUGAUGUUCCCCUGUAUCCCCUGCGGCCGAGAUGUGGAGCUGGGAGAGAGGGGCCUUGCAGACUGCCUGCGCAACCUCACCUUGGAGCGUAUAGUCGAGAGGUACAGACACACAGUGAGUCUGGGCAGUGUGGCUGUGAUGUGUCAGUUUUGUAAGCCUCCUCAAGCUCUGGAGGCCACCAAGGGCUGCGCUGACUGCAGGACCAAUUUCUGUAAUGAGUGUUUCAAGCUGUAUCACCCGUGGGGGACGCCACGGGCACAACAUGAACAUAUCCAGCCUACGCUCAACUUCAGACCAAAGGUUCUGACCUGUCCGGAGCAUGACCAGGAGAAACUACAGUUCUAUUGUAGGUCCUGUCAGCGGCUGCUUUGUCCUCUCUGCAAACUGCGACGCAUACACACCGGUCACAAAAUCCUGCCAGUGGCCCACGCAUACCAAGCCCUGAAGGAGAAGAUUACGAAGGAGAUGAACCACAUUUUGUCCAACCAGGACACAGUUCUGGGCCAGAUUACCCAGCUGGAGAGUUCCAUCACUCAGACUGAGGUAAACGGUGUGUCAGCCAGAGAGCAGCUGGCUCAGAGCAUCAGGGAUCUGACGGCUGCUCUGGCCGAGCGCCACGCUUCGCUCACCCAGGCUCUGGAAGAGGCACGGAAGAAGCGAGGCGAGGCGUUGGCUGCUCAAGUGGCGGAGAGACGGGGCUUGAUGGAACACGCAGGGCUCAUGGCGUUUACGCAAGAGCUGUUGAAAGAAACAGACCAGCCCUGCUUUGUGCAGGCUGCUCGCCAGACUCAUAACAGGUUCAGCAAAGCAAUUGAGAAUCUUCAGCAUUUCACUCUGGCUGCUGAUCCAUCCUUCAGACACUUCCAGCUGGAUGUCUCCAAAGAACUCAAACUCCUGACAGAGUUGAACUUCAUCCAGGCUCCACUGGCUCCAGUGAUUGAUACCCAGCGUACCCUGGCCUAUGACCAGCUCUUCCUAUGCUGGCGACUGCCCCAAGACUCUGCACCCGCCUGGCACUUCUCCGUCGAGUAUCGCCGUCGGGGUGUGGUACCGGGAGGAGCGGGUCGAGGCGGGAUCAGAGGAGGACUGUCGGCCGCCCGCUGGGGCUGGCAGCGAUUGGAUGAAGUGAGUGGGACCAGCGCUGUGAUUGACAGGUUGGAGAUGGACAGCGUGUAUGUGCUACGGGUUAGAGGCUGCAACAAGGCGGGCUACGGGGAGUACAGCGAGGAGGUGUACCUGCACACCCCACCAGCACCAGGUGAGAGUGCACACAGAACUUUUGGGUCGUCCUCAUUAACAGGUAAACAGAGAGAUUUUGAUUUUGCCACAGGGAAACUGCACCCAAUUGGUAAUACUGUGGAAUUUGAGGGCGAUAUAACAAAGUUAGGGAGCAGAUCUUUAAAAAAAAAAAAGUGAUCAACUAAGAUUGUAGAGUUCCUGAGGUUUACGAGGCCGGUGAUCACAAAAAUGCACAAUCAUUGCACCCCAACAGAAAUCCCCUCAUCAAAACAUUCUCAAUCUGGAGGCAAACCAUGGUGGAUGAGGUAACUCAUAAUAAGUAAUUGUCAGUCACAGUCCAACAGUUAACAUCACAGUACAAUUGGACAUCUGAGGAAUCAAAUAAUUUUUGUCUGCAUGGGUUGAAACAGUUGACAAUCCCAGAGCGUGCCUCUCCUGUCCACAUUAUAUGGCUAAAUGCAUUUAAAACAGACUGUCGAUGACUGUAAAAAGGUUGUCAAAGUUGGUCUGUAAAAUGCAAUGGAUGAAUACAAUAAUCACUUUUACAGUUUGAAUUCUUCCAAAUAGGUUUGGCAAACCUGUGGGUAUUAUUUAAAACAUGUAUGCUUGUUUCUCGCCUCCUUCUUUCUUUUUAGCAUUGUCAGUGCAUUCCCAGAUCUCAGCAAUUCAAUUUGUGAUUACAAUCUUAUUUCUACUAAGAGGAAAGAUGGCCAAAACUGUGAAAAUAAGACCUAGCAGUAAACUGGGAUUAUACUUUAGCUUGCUCUGUGCUGAAGAAGAGGAAGUCAGAAGGAUCACUGCCCACCUGCAUAAAGUGUACCGAAUGUGUCUCUUUUAUGCAUUUAUUUUAUCUUAUCUUUCACCCAACUAUGCAAGUCUGCCUUAAUGACUUAACGCCAUUUAAACCAGUGACAAGUGUAUGACAACUACAAAAAAAAAAUCUCAUUAUAUCUACACAGCAAGCUGUAGUCGCUGUCACCCAGGAGCCAUUCAUCUCUUCACACCUACUAUUAUUUAAAAAAGCAUAUGGGAUGGUUACCAUGAUGAGCAGUUAAUAAUGCAUUCUCUUUCUUAUCUGCCCAUUCCCAUCUUCUCCAAUUUUUCUCCACCACUUUUAUCACAUCCUCACUUUCUUACUUCAUCUUUCUCUCAUGUAUUAUUUCCAUUUCACAGCUUUGUACUUGUCAUCUCCUUCUGCGCUCCUUCCAUGCUGCCAACCUACAUGCCUCCUACGAAACGUAAGAAGUGCAUUCAUAUCUCUUGACCACCCCUCUGUACCCCCAUACUCAUCUCCUCUUUCUCUUUGUGGUCAUCCCAUGCAUCCUCUGUUCUUCCACCCCCAUCUAGACAUCCACUCUCCCCUCUGCCUCCCACUCUACCUCCUAAAACGAGAUCUGUC